AUGCGGCAGGUCCUCGACAUCCUCAGUCGGGUCAACGACUCCAAAAAGUUAUCUUCACAGCAAAGAGAAGCCCUGUACGAGGAGCUGACAAGUGCCAAGUUCAAGGGCCGCAUCGCAUGGUCAGUCGCCGAGGCCUCCGUGACGGAAAUCGAUAGCAGCAACAUCCUCCAGGCCUCCCUGUCGGCCAUGGCCAAAGCUGUGCGUGGUCUGUCCGCUUCGGCGAUGGAGUCCUUGGUGGUCCUGGUGGACGGCUGCAACCGUCCCCCGGAGCUGCUGGCGGCCGGGGAGAAGUGGACCCGGCUCUCACAGCGCGAUCGGGAGGCCCUGAAGAACCAGACCAAGCUGUCCCGCUGGUUCGCGCAAAAGGAGAAACAGGAAAAGGAGGAACCCUGGAGGCCUAAAGACGUGGAAGCCGUUGUCGAAGGGGAUGGGCGUGUGCCCUCGAUCUCUGCAGCCUCCGUGCUGGCCAAAGUUUAUCGAGAUCGCCGCAUGGAAGCCUUGGAUGAAGUGCAUCCUGGCUACGACUUCAAGACGCACAAGGGGUAUGGAACAGAAGCGCACCUGAAAGCCAUAAAGCUCCACGGCAUCUGCCCCGAGCAUCGCAGGAGCUUUGAGCCUGUGAGGCAAGCCCUUGUCACAGAGGGCCAAGGGCUUGAACCCACAAAGCGCGAGAAGCGCGACAAGCGCGAGUCCGACUGCGACUCCGAAAGCAAGCGAGGCUGGCUUGAUCUCCCUUGGCUCAAGAUCAACUUGCCAACGGUUUCCGUGCAUGGGAAUGUGAGCCAGCUUGCAAAUACGGUGAAAGGAAUCUACGGAUGGCAGUAUUACUUUGCGGAAGUUGCAAUCAUCGAGGGCCGCAUCCUUCUUCGAAGAAGUGAUGCCUGGCUUGGCGGAUGGUUGUUGGCAACCCUUCGGCUUAUUGACCAAGCUCUCCAUCUCGAUGACGCGCCUCCUCCGGACGUCCUCUUUGUUUUGUCUGUCCAUGAUGAGGCUCAUCUGGAGAAAGCAAGAUUCAAUCCAUUGCCUCUGCUGUCAGCUCUUGCAACACGAGCGCACUGGGACAUUCCGAUUCCUGGGCAAACAUGGUACGAAGCAGCUGGUGGAGUGUCUUCCCAGGACGUUGAACAGAAUUUUGGUCUUUGGGAAUCCGCGCAGUGGCAAGCAAGCUUGGAAGAAACAUAUCCAUGGAAGAGUCGCUCCCCGAGAGCUUUCUUCCGCGGCCACGACUGGGCUUCUUCGAACGCCUUCACAGAGUUCUUGCCUGACAGGCCACAGGAGGCAUGCAUUGCCCCACAUGACGUGUCUAUGUCCUUCUCCUAUCGGCGGAUGUAUGCGGAGCUGUCGCAGGGGGAGUUACAAGAUCUCUUGGAUGUGGGGCUUACAGGAGCACCAAAGUUCGUGCAAGAGCAGCACCCCAAACAGAGCUAUGUUAGACCAGUGUCUCUCCCGGAGCAUGCGCAGUACAAGUUCCUGCUGCAUCUGGACGGCACUGCUGCCAGCAACCGCCUGCUGAAAUUGCUCUUCAUGGGCUCCGUGGUCCUGAAGCAGGACUCGGUCUAUGAGGAGUUUUUCUACAAAGACCUGAAGCCUUGGGUCCACUUCGUGCCCAUCUCGCGAGAUCGAUGCAGCUUCACCUGGCCAGAGCCGGAGCCGCCUGCUUCUGGCACCCUGACGGCAGCGGCAGCAGUCCUGGCCGUCUACGCCGGCUUGCAG